CUGCCUUCCCCUACUUCCUGUCUCUGUGGGUUAAAGAUAGAGAAGAUGAACAGGCGAAGUAGGGACGUGCUGAAUCAAGAGCACGAGAGCAAAUCUGGCUAAAAGAACAUGGACGGCACAGCCUUCGACGCCGACUAAGACGUCGCCGACAAACCCCCCAGGAAGAAGCCUACUACCGACACACUCCCCAUCAAAUCCAGGAGCUUGAGGCAAAAACAAAUCAGUCUGAUCAAGGAGUGUCCUCAUCCCAACGAGGAGUAAAGGCUGUAUUAAGCAAGAGGAUGUGCUUGGAGACCGUUAGGUCAAGUUCUGGUUCCAAAAUCGCCACACCCAGAUGAAGUUGCAUCAGACCCAACUCGAGCGCCACGAGAACUCGUUGUUCCGACACGAGAACGACAAACUACGGGCGGAGAACGUGUCCCUUCGCGAUGCGAUGAGGAACCUGAUAUGCACCAACUGUGGUUGCCCCGCCAUCAUCGGGGAGAUUUCCCUCGAGGAGCAGCACCUCCGGAUUGAGAACGCGUGCCUCAAGGACGAACUCGACAAGUUCCUGGGCCGCCUAAUUACCUCCAUUGGCGGCCCCAUCCCUCCCCAGGUGCCCAACUAUAGCCUCGGCGGCCCCAUCCCUCGAUAAAAGGACGACAUCAGGAGGGACAUCUAUGUCUGCUUUGUGGCUGUGGGUGAACUUCUCUGUGUCUCUCUGUCCGAUCUCUCUCUCUCUCUCUCUCUAAAAGGCAUAGGAAGAAGGGUAGGGGAAGGCAGGGAAGAGGGUGGGAAAUGUCCAACGUGUCAAUGAACGACCCACAAAGAAAUACACAUCGGCGCCAUUUCUCA